UUAUUCUGUAAAAAAAAAUCUAUCCGGAAGUGUCAAGAUCACUGAAUUUUAAGAUAAACAAAGGUUACAUUUUCCAGACGAGCGUGUUUUUGUUAGACGAGUUUGAUACAAAUAUGAAGAGAUUUAACAUUAACCUUGAUGAUUCAGCUUUUACUAAAGAAAGAACGCUGCUAAAGCCACAUUUUCAGGCUGCAUCAUCGUGCAAAGGACAGCAAGACCCUUCAGCUUCCGAAGGAUCCUCUGUAAAUCAUCCACCAAAGUUGGUGCAGCAGCCCCUCUCCUAUGCAGAAUACAUAGUUCAGAGUAAAGGCAGUGUGGUUACUGUACCCAAGAACUUUCCCUCCAGAGUGCUUAAGCAUGGAGAGCCAUAUUCCACCUCUUCCACCACAACAGAUCAGGACAGUGUGAAAGAGACUGAUGUUCCACCCAGAGACUUAGAAAGAAAUGAAGAAUUAUCCGUGGGUGAUGAGUCCUGUCCAAAGUCUGAUCCUAGCCUCAUCCCUGGCCCUAAACCAGUAGGAUCUGGAAGCAGCAUUAUAGUUAGUCCACGUCAGAGGGGGAAUCCUAUUUUGAAGUUUGUCAGGAGCGUACCGUGGGAGUUUGGAGAUGUUGUGCCAGACUAUGUCCUGGGUCAGACAACAUGUGCUCUGUUCCUCAGUUUAAGGUAUCAUAACCUCAACCCAAACUAUAUUCAUGAACGUUUGAAGCAGCUUGGCAAUUCCUUCACCCUACGUGUGUUGUUGGUACAAGUAGAUGUGAAAGAUCCUCAUCAUGCAUUAAAGGAACUGGCUCGGAUUGGUGUGAUGGCUGACUGCACUCUGAUAUUGGCUUGGAGUCCAGAGGAAGCAGGCCGUUAUCUGGAAACGUACAAGUCAUACGAAAAGAAACCGGCUGAUCUCUUAAAGGAGCAAGUUGAGAAGGACUAUCUGUCAAAGGUUACAGAUUGCCUGACCACUGUGAAGUCUAUAAACAAGACUGAUGCCAUUACUUUGCUCUCUACCUUCUCUUCUGUGGAGGGAAUCAUCAGUGCCUCAAAGGAAGAGUUGGUUCUCUGUCCUGGCCUUGGACCACAAAAGGCGAGAAGACUUUACGAUGUGCUCCACAUGCCCUUUCUCAUGACAAAGUCAAAAGACAGCUGAAGCAUCUUAUCGGACAUGUAAACGUGUUGGCACAAAAACAGAGCUAUAAUGCAAAACAAGAUACAUAUCGAGGAUGGCAUUACCAGCAGAAAAUGUCUCAUUUAAAAAAUAUAUUAGGUAAAUAUAGUACUAUCAGCUUUACCUGAGAAUCAACUGAGGUUUUUAAAUGUUUCAUUUCAUGUGUUUGUUGUUGUUGUUUGUCCUUAAAGCCUUGGAUACGUUUAUUGUUUUAACUAAUAAAUAUUUGUAUAUUUUUCUA